CCGCAUAAAAAUAAUCACUCCAAUCUCACCUCGUCAGAACUGAUUGAUUCUUACUCUGAUCUCAAUUGCACACAUAAAACAGCAAAAAUGAUCGACCCAGCGAUUUUCGAGAAUUUACAAACCAAAAUCGACGAAGAGACCGUCGUCCGUGAUGAAUUGCACGAAAUUGUUCAGAGCCUUGCUCGAAAGGGGCGAACGACACAAGCGAUACUCUCCAGAGCUCAUUCAACUCCUUCCAAAGACCUAAAAUCCGUCCUCGACGACGCCGCAACCCAAAUUCUAGCUCAAAAAGAAGACGUCUCUCGCCUCGCUGAAAUCGCAAACAAGCAUCCCUUCUACAAAUAUAACGGUGUUUGGUCGCGCGAAUUACAGAAUUUGGUAUACUAUAUCGAACUCUGUGCCUGGCUCGGCGGAUUAAUUGAAUACAAAAACUCAUCUUCCAAAUCGUCAUUCUUGACAAUUGAAGAAGUUGGGAAUUUCCUCGAUGUACCAGUAAACCUCAAAGACGAAGACAAAUUCCACCUCACAAUCGAAGAAUAUCUCCUCGCCUUAAUCUCUAUGGUCGAAGAAUUAUCCCGUUUGGCCGUGAACUCUGUGACGCUAGGCGAUUAUCAUCGUCCGCUCGAAAUCAAUAAUUUCAUCAAAGAUUUGUUUGCAGGAUUCCAGUUGUUGAAUCUGAAGAAUGAUAUUCUCAGGAAGAGGAGUGAUGGAAUUAAGUAUUCUGUCAAAAAAGUGGAGGAUGUGGUUUACGAUCUUUCAUUGAGGAACUUGAUUCCCAAGGCAUGAGCCUCAGGAUCCUAGCAUAUGGUUUGGUAAAUGGAUAAAAAGGUUACUGGGUGGCUAAGACUAUUCAUUCAUAUUAAUGGUAACAUCAAUCUCAAAGACAUAGCGUACUGCAAUCUGGUAUCAAGAAAGGGACACAACGUAACAGUGGAGGGCAAACCAACAGGAAUCAAUAAAUCAAGCUUCCUUGGCUUCAGUCUCAGCUUGCGCAGGAGCAGCAGCGGUUUCCGUUGCCGUUGGAGCAGGAGCAGGAAUAUCACCACUCUUCUGCGCAUUCUCGAUCUCUUUCACAAUCGUCGCCUCCAAGCUCUCCGGCUUCGUAAUACUCCUCCAUCUUCCAACAACCUCCCCCUUGGAAUUAAUCAACGCCUUUUCAAAGUUCCACAAUACCCUCUUGACACCGAACAGUCCUGGUUUCUGAGCCUUGAUCCAUUCAAAAACCGGCUCGGCUUUACUUCCAUUCACAUCAAUCUUGCCCAACACGGGGAACGUCACGCCGUAAUUAACCUGGCAAAAGCUCUGAAUAUCGUCGUUGCUUCCAGGGUCCUGGUUUCCGAAUUGGUUGCAGGGGAAACCCAAAAUGGUGAAUGCGCCGGGAUGUUUGGCUUCAAUCGAUUUGUAUAAUUUUUCGAGACCGGCGAAUUGAGGGGUGAAGCCGCAUUUAGAGGCUGUGUUGACGACGAGGACGACUUUGCCUUUGAAGUUGGUGAGGGGGUAGGGAUUCCCCUUUU